UAUUUAAACAUUGAGGGGGACACAUAUUAAGCGUGAGUAAUAUUAUAAAGAGUACGGUCUAGACCUGCUCUAUAGGAAAAGCGCAAUGAGAUAACUCCUGUUAUGAAUUGGCGCUAUAUAAAUAAAAUUGAAUUGAAUUGAGUCUCAGGCUUCUCCCCCAGGAAAUUUUGAGCGUCAAACACUUAAUUUCCUGCAUUAUGAUUCAUUUUUAUGCACCAAUUUGUGCCUUUUCUGCAUCAAUUUAAGUUGAAAUGUCUUUAUUUAUGUAAAAUAAGUCAGGCGUCAGGUGACAAUUAAAAAUAUAAUGGAAUAAAAUGCAGUAAGGCUCUCAGGAAUUCUGUAUUGUUUUUAAAUAUUUAUUCUUCUGUAGAUCAACUUUUCUCAUUUAAUGUUCUCCCUGCUGAGUCAACAUACAUGUAGGCAUGAUGUACUUUUCCUUGUGUCUUUUGUUUGGGGAAGUUACUUUUUUUAAAAGGUGCAUGUGGCACCUGUUCACAUCAAUGAUAAAUUAAUUGAUUUAAAUUCAUUUAUAAACCCCGGGACUUUAAUAGCUCACAUGUGUUCCAGCAAGAUUUCUGUUCAUGUUCAAAACUUUCUGCACAUUUAAAACAUAUCCCACAUGUCUGGGUUUUGGAAUGAUUUUUAUAUAUCCUCACACAAGCCAUGACAGUCGAACUCACUUGUUGAACAUAAAGGAUUACUCUUCCAGGUCCCAGAUUGAGCAAAACUGUUUUAUUCUUGUGCUUCUGAAAGUACAUCAAUGCUCUAUGUCAACAGUGUGAAAUUGCCCAACACUGUAACACUUGUGUUGAAAGGGAAACUUAAAGAAAUUAAAUGAAAAAAUGUCCUAAUAUCGGACCUCCUGCUCCUCCUUUUCCCUUCUGGCUCCUCCAUCGUUACCAGCCUUGCGGGUUGCUUCUUCUUCUUGCCCUUUUAUCGCAGAUUGCAGCCAUUGCUUUUGAGGUUGCAUACUGCCACCACCUACUUUACCGGAGGCAUUGUUGUGUGAGUUGUGUUUCCAGCUGUUAGUCCUCUGCUACUUUCAUGUUUUUAUUGGGGGGGAAAUGCACAUGUCCCAUUUUUCUAUUCAAGCAGGUGUCCUUCACAAGUUUGUACAAGGGCCUGAAACAGAAUGAGCCCUCCUUGCAAGGAAAAAAAAACGAGAGCAGCAAUAUUUGUGUAGUAGCCUACUAUGUAAGGCCUCAAGUCUACAUUUAAUUUCAGGAAGGUAUAUUUUCAAGCUUUCAAGAAGGCACCCUGUCCUGUUUACAUGUUACACAUGGCCUGCUCUGCCCCUCCCCCGUCCUGACUUCACUCAACCUGCUGCCAAAAUAUGUGAAAGUCAAUCCAAGCCCUGCGUUCAGCGAGCAUGUUAUUUAAAACUGGACACCAUCAUGGCAAGGGUACCGGACAGCUCCACUGAACUCAGCGAGGAUCCACCCUUUUAUCCGUGAGAACAGCUUCUCUCCAUAAACUAGAGCUCCGAGAGAUUCUUUGUUUUUCAUUCUGUCUUUCAAGCCUCAGAUGUCGCUCCCAGUGGUGCUGCCGGGCUCUUGCUGUCCGGUUACCGGGGCUUCGCAGCUCGCAGAUCCGCCUUACAGAAAUCGACCCCGUGGCUUGUCCGCCUCUUCCCGGAUCGCCAGCGGUGGCUCUCGGCUGCUGCUGCCCGGGCGGCCACUCCUUUCGCUGGGCUUGUUGCAGCUGCUGCUCGGCGGCUCCAUGGUGGCGCUGUCCUUUGGAGCUCUGUCCCUCAGCAACUCACCCCCCAUCCGAAACUCCUGUCCCUUCUGGGCAGGCUCCUCGGUCAUUCUGUCAGGCAUCGUAGGCCUCACAACAUGGAGAAGGCCCAUGCUGCUACUGGUCAAUGUGUUUGUCCUGCUGUCUGUGGUGUGUGUACUCCUUAAUCUGGCUGGAUUCAUCCUGUGCUGCCAGGGAGCCCAGCUGGUUUCCAGUAUGACCAGCUGCCAACUGAGUGAGGCUGGAGAUGUGUGUUACUGCUGCUCCCUGUCCCCCAGCUUCAAAUGUCCUGAGGAAAAGCUGCUGGAACUCCACCCUGCCCACUCCUGCAGCACCAUGAGGAUCCUGCUCAAGAAAGUGUUGUUUGCACUGUGUGCUCUGAACGCUCUGACCACAGCUGUGUGCCUUAUGGCAGCUGCCCUGAGAUACCUGCAGAUCUUCACUGCAAGAACACCCUGCAUGGACGAGCCCAGGGCCACAGUGGAAGAAAGGGAGGAGCCUGCUCAGGUCCCAGACCCAGAUGAGUUUGUGGCCCCAGCCCCUCCCCCCUCCUACUUCUCCACUUUCUACUCAUACACACCACGCCUGGCUCGCCGGAUGCUUGGAAACAGUGUGAUCCCUCUCCCUCAUAUCUAUGGGGCUCGGAUCAAAGGGGUGGAGGUCUUCUGUCCGUUAGACCCCCCACCUCCAUAUGAGGCUGUUGCUGGAAACUCCACUGAUGCAGUCACACAGGAGACAGAAAUUGCUCUGACAGAGUUGACUAUGAACCCGACUACCUCUCCACCAGAAGCCUCUGUUCGAGUUUUAGACACGAAUCCACAAAUAGUAUCGGCAUCACCAGGCGUCCUUCUACCGGCCAAGCCCCAGGUCCAGCCUCCGCCGCCUCAGCAGCAGCAGCAGCAGCAGCAGCAUGCUCCAGCACUGACCCCCUGGAGGAAAGCAAGGAUCCACCGCUCCAACAGUGACCCAGUGUUGAUGGACUUCCCUGCUAAAGUGCAGAACAGCAGCGAUGCUCCCCUCGCUCCCUGUCCUCAGACCACAGAUUCUUCCACCCAGACCUCCCAGCCCACGCUGGCUGCUCAUGCCCAGGGCCAUGUCACACUGCGACGGGGCAACAACGGCAGUAGGACGCCCCACCGGCCGCGGCCCUCCUCCAUGGUGGACUACCAGAGCUACCGGCACACACAGCAGCUGGUCAGGAAAAUCCUGGAGCAGCCGGCAGCCCAAGGGCUGACCCCCGAGGUCCAGGAGCUGGUGGACAGCAUACGAAAUGUCCUGCAGUCAGAUCAGGAGCACAUGGAGGAGGCUGUACGCUGUGCCAGUUACAUAGAACAGGUGUUCACUGACUCAGAGAUGGGUCCCAGUCAGCCUAGACCUCCCCAGCAGCAGCAGCAGCCAGCAGGCAGCUCCUCCCAGACUUUCCCUCGCCCCCUUAGGAGAAGGCCUGGUCUGCUGCACCUGCAGAGCUGUGGGGACCUCAGCUCCUUCACCUGUGCUCCACUCGAGUCUCUGGAGCAUCGAGGAAACAGUAGAAAAGUGGAGUUGAGGGCAGGCUCUAGAACAGGUUCAAGGACAGGGUCCCGUCCGGAUCAUCCUGAACGCCCUCACAGUCUGAUCGGAGUCUUUAGAGAGACAAUGCUUUGAGGGAAAACCAAUGGUAUUAAAAUAUGUUUGAUGGCAACACAGCUGGAUGUUGCCUUGUCUGUUAUAAUAGGAAACUAUUAUAAUCCAACCACUGAGGAAGAUCUGUGUGUGUGUGUGUUGUGUGUGUGAUGUGUGCAGAUGAGUUGUGUACCCAUUGUUCGCUGUAGCUACUGUUGGAGCUCGGACUUCCUCCAGAAAUAUGGAUCACAGGAUGCGAGGUAAUGCAGAAAAAACUUUCUGAACCACACCAUGACCUUUUGGGGGCUCUGGAAGAUUCUGUUUUAAGUGCUAGUUUGGGCUAUGACUCAACAUCACAGAUCACUAAGCUGUCAAAACAGCUUCAUGAGAAUGUUUGCUUUUUACAGCAUAUGUGUGCUGACACCGAAUGACUAUUUACUGUGGGGGCAGAAGUGCUGCUGUCAAUACAGUAAGUAUGAAACAUUAUGGAGACUUUUGUUAGUAGUAGUAGUAAUUUAUUUUGUUCCUUACUUUUGUAGCCUAAUAUGACUGCACUGCCACUUUAUAAAAUCAAAGAUGUAGUGCAGUUGUUUUUUAAAUUAUUUGCUCUGCUACUGUUAAUGUGACAAUUUAUUUGUGAAAUACAAAAAAUAUGGGCACCUUGUAUUGAAACACAGUACCCAGCAUCCAAUGUUUUGUAUGCUUUAUUGAGAUUUUAACAUUUUAAUGAGUUUGCAUUUGUUCCAGCCAACUCCAUACAGCUAAACAUGACAGCAAUUGUUUUACAUGUAUCUAGGUGUUAUUUAAUGGUCAGAUGCAUUGGCUGCAACAUUUUCCGAUACUGAUUAAACAGUAAUGCUUUUUAAGGGUCCAUAAAUUCUUAAUAAUUUCCAACAAGUUCCUGGGAAGGAAAUUUGGUACUAAUCAUAGGGAAAAUGGGAAUGGACUUGAAAGAAAAGUAAAUAUUAAUUCAUUAUGCAUUUAGUAUUGCAAACUUUAUUUUCUCUAUAUUUUGAAUUGUAUGCUUCUCUAUAGAGAAAUUUCAAAUGUUUACCUGACCUGCUGUGCACUGCCUGAAAAGCUCCCUUGGUUACACUAGCAAUUUAUUAGAAUUAAAGUGUAGCAAUUGAACAAUUUCACCCAUAAUUAGCACCAAAUUACACAGGAAACCUUUCCAGGAAACUUUGAAAUUAUUUGAAAAUUACAGACCAUUUAAUAAGCCACAGUCCACCAGGUUAGUUGGCUUGCCAGUUAGCAAGCAAUAAAGCUUGGUUGCUGACUGACUGAAACCAUGCCUCUUUUGUGGAGCAGUUUGUACUCUGGCAGAGUUAUAUAAAAGUGGAUGAUGCGGCACAGCUAAUAUGAUAGCUCCCCCUAUUUUGGACUCUCACUGAAAUGUCAGCACUGAGCAUCAAAAUGUAUCUGUUUAACUUUAUGUGAAACUACCAUGCAGAUUUAUUUAGCCUACUGCACUUCCAUUGUAAUGAACUGAUUUUGAUCCAAAAUCUUGUCGCGUUCACCUCAGGUGAAGAUAGUGAUGACAAUGAUUCCCAUGUUUACAAUAAUCGUUUAUGUCCUUGGACAACUUAAGACAGUUGUAUGUUUGCAGAGGUGGACGUGCAUGUUAAAUAAUGCCCUAAUAAAUGUGGUUUAAUUACCUUGAACACA